AUGGAUACCCAAUUACAGCCAGAUACACACAUCUCACCCGACCGCUUCAAGCGCACAAUUCUCCCAACCCAACAGGGCGCAGAGGCAGAGGCAGAUCACUCCCCAAUAGUCAUCUACAUGAUCAGCGGCAACCCAGGCCUAAUCAGCUACUACCAUACCUUUCUCUCGACACUCGCAGAUAGACUAUCUUCUCUGUGCACCAAGCAGGACAUCCCUAAUCAAUUCCACAUCUACGGCCACAGCCUGGACGGAUUCGAAGUUGAAGAAUCCUCGCCCAACAAUGGCAAUGGCAACGGCAACCCCAGCACCACGCAGCCCUGCAGCCUCGAAGAGCAAAUCUGCUUCGUCCAGCGCAAGCUAGACUCCUUCAUUGGGGGCUUAGAAGCAGGGCCGCGCAGAGCAAAGGUCAUCCUGGUUGGCCAUUCUGUAGGCUCGUAUAUUGCGAUGGAAGUCCUACGCCGACACCGCGAGCGCUCCGAUGCGAACUCUGCGUCGUCGGGCGCUGUCGGGUUUGAUAUUAUCGGGGGAGCUAUGCUCUUUCCUACUGUUGUGGAUAUUGCGCUGUCGCCGUCGGGGCGGAAACUUACUAGCAUCCUCUCUUUCGUACCGCAGCUGGCUCUGCUAGCCGGUAUAUUCGUCCGCAUCCUCGUCGCCUGCGUACCGGACUUGAUACUCCAGUCCCUAGUGAGAUUCUACAUGCAGUCCGCCUCAGACGAAAUGGUCACCGCGACAACGUCGUUCAUCAAAAGCAAGCGGGGCGUGCGACAAGCUCUCCACAUGGCCGCCGACGAAAUGCAAACCAUCACCGCAGACAAAUGGUCCGACGACGUCUGGGGCGUGCCGGGCGCGGGGGAACCACUAACCCGUCUGUUCUUCUACUUCGGUCGAAAUGACCACUGGGUUGCGGAGCGGACGAGGGACGAUAUCAUCCACAUGCGGGGACGGCAUGUAGCUGGGGGGCCGAAGAUGGUUGUUUGUGAGGAGGGGUUGCCGCAUGCUUUCGUUUUGAAGCGUGGUGAUACUGAUGUGAUGGCGACUAAGGUGGCGGGUAUGGUUAUGGAGAUUGUGCAAAGGGGUUGA